AUGAAAUACCGUAAAUAUUUUGAACCAUUUGAGGAACCUGAUUCCGUUUACCCUGAUGGAAGAAUCAAUAUCGGCUGCCCAUGUCUUCAUUCUGCCCUCGCACAUCAAUGCGGAUACCUCAUACGAGAGGCUUUGAAAUGUUUCAACUCAUCCGAAACAUCGCCGCGUGGAAUCGACUGCGAGAAACAAUUUGUUGCACACGCUGUCUGCUUGCAAAAAUGA